AGACAUUUACUUGUUCCGGCAAGUAUGGGGAUACUGCAUAACACCUGCGGAAUUCCUGAGGAAAUACUUAUUUCCGCAUUCAGAUUUCACUGCCUUCGAGACUGUUUGCGAUUUGUGUAGCUUACUGGCCGUACAUUUUAACAGAGAAGACUGUUCUCUGUGAUUUAUUCCCUCAUCAAAGAUGGCCCAGUGGUGCCAGCUGGAACUACUGGAGUCUAAAUACCAGGAGCAGGUCCACCAGCUCUAUGAUGACUCCUUCCCUAUGGACAUCAGACAGUACCUCAGCAAGUGGAUUGAGAGCAUCGACUGGGAUACUGUGGCUGUUGACGAAUCCCUGGCCACUGUCCGCUUCCACGAUCUCCUAGCCCGUCUUGAUGACCAACACAGCCGCUUCGCCCUGGAGAAAGACCUCCUGCGACAACACAACAUCCGCAAGUUCAAGGGAAACCUCCAGGACCGCUUUCAGAAGGACCCCGUUCACAUGGCCAUGAUCAUCUCCAGAAACCUGAAGGAGGAGCGGAGGAUUCUGGCUGCUGCCAAAAGCAUAGAGACUGACAGAGAAAACACACAGACCACCAUGGUUCUGGAGAAGCAAAACCUGGACAACAAAGUCAAAGACAUGAAAAACAAGGUUCAGGAAGCGGAUCAGAAUAUAAAGUCUCUGGAAUACCUUCAAGACGAGCAUGACUUUAAGGAAAAUACUCUUAAGAACAGAGAACAUGAAAUGAACUGGCUGACACCCAAGCAGCUGGAACACGAGAAGCUGCAGAUUGUAGAGAUGUGUUUCAAGCUGAAGUUCAAGAGAGUGGAAGUGGUUGGCCAGUUGGCGGAGGUGCUCAACAUGGCCGAGGCGGUCCAGUCACACUUGAUCUCAGAGGAGCUGCCUGAGUGGAAGAAGAGGCAGCAGAGCUCCUGUAUUGGAGGACCACCCAACGCAUGUCUGGACCAACUGCAGAACUGGUUCACAGCGGUGGCAGAAAGCCUGCAGCAGGUGAGGCAGCAGCUGAAAGAGCUCCAGGAACUAGAGCAGAAGUACACAUAUGACAACGACCCAAUCAAACAGCAUAAAGGCUUCCUGGAGGGGCGGGCCUUGGCACUGUUCCGGAACCUCCUAGAACAUUCCUUGGUAGUAGAGAGACAGCCCUGUAUGCCCACACAUCCACAGAGACCUCUGGUGCUGCAGACAAAGAUGCCGUUCACUGUCAAGCUCAGAUUUCUUGUGAAGCUCCAGGAAUUCAACUAUCAACUCAAAGUGAAAGCUUUGUUUGACAAGGACGUUACAGAAAAUAAAGGGUUUCGUAAGUUCAACAUAUUGGGCACCAACACAAAAGUUAUGACUAUGGAGGAGUCAAAUGGAAGCUUGGCUGCAGAGUUUUUCGAGUUGAACCUGCAAGAGCAGAGAGUGACUGGAAGAGGAAAGAAAGAGGGGCCUCUUAUUGUGACAGAGGAGCUGCACUGCAUCUGCUUUGAGUCGGAACUCCGCCAGUCAGGUCUGGAAAUCAAACUAGGGACCAUCUCCCUGCCCAUCGUGGUCAUCUCCAACUGCAACCAGCUGCCCAGUGGCUGGGCCUCCAUCCUGUGGUACAACAUGCUGACCAGCGAGCCCCAGGACCUGGAGUUCUUCCUGAGCCCUCCGACAGUGUCCUGGGGUCAGCUGUCCGAGGUGCUGAGCUGGCAGUUUUCCUCUGUCACCAAGAGGGGGCUCAAUGAUGAGCAGCUAGGCAUGCUGGCUGACAAACUACUGGGCCAGAAAGCACAGAGGAAUCCUGAGGGCCUUAUCUCCUGGACCAUGUUCGGUGCUGUCAAGAGCCUCCGUAAGAAUAGCGUUCCCUUCUGUCUGUGGAUCGAAGACAUCCUGGACCUCAUCAAGAGACAUCUGCUGUCCCUGUGGAAUGAUGGUUGCAUCCUGGGCUUUGUGAGUAAGGAGAGGGCAAAGGCCAUGCUGACUGGGAAGUGUCCAGGCACGUUCCUUCUGCGCUUCAGUGAGAGUAGCAGAGGCGGAGCCAUCACAUUCACUUGGGUGGAACACGACCUAACGGACAGGAGGCCAGAGUAA